UAUUUUUGUUAUUGACAAUAAAUAUUUAUGAUUUUUAUUUAAGGUUCAAUCAUGCAUUAUCGAAGUGAUGCUUUUUCAAGUAAUGGUCGUCCUACAAUUAAACCUAUUCUUGCUGGUUAUGAGAAUUGGGAAUCUUAUAUGGGUCGUGGUGAUAAGAUGAGUGCUCAAGAUAUUAAAAAACUUAAAGCAUAUUAUGGUUGUCCAUAA